CGCUUGUUCCCAAGCAACUAGAGAGGCGGCCCUCGCACCCCACCUCACACUUUCGGUCCCCAAAUGCAAAAUUUUCAGUAACAUUUAAACAAACCAAAAAAUUCUCCAAAACCGAUAAAAAUUGUAAAUUGUGAAAAGUAAGCAACAAAAAAAUACAUCAAAAUGAGGGAGUGCCUUUCAAUCCACGUUGGCCAGGCGGGCGUGCAGAUAGGCAAUGCGUGCUGGGAGCUUUACUGCCUAGAGCACGGCAUAUCCCCUUCCGGGAUGCGCGGCGAGUUCUCCACGACCUCUGACCUCACGACAGCCUCGGCGACGCCCACGCCCUCCCAGCUCGGCGCGCCCUACGGCUCUUCGCUCGCCCCUUACGGCUCGCCCGUGCCCUACGUGUCCCCGGCCACCGCCGGCUGCGACACCUUCUUCUGCGAGACGAGCGCCGGCAAGCAUGUCCCCAGAGCCAUCAUCGUGGACCUCGAGCCCACCGUCGUGGACGAGGUGCGGCUGGGCACGUACCGCUCGCUGUUCCACCCCGAGCAGCUCAUCACGGGCAAGGAGGACGCCGCCAACAACUACGCGCGCGGCCACUACAGCAUCGGCAGGGACAUGAUCGACAACGUGGUCGACCGCGUCCGCAAGCUGGCAGACCAGUGCCACAGCCUCCAGGGCUUCCUGCUCUUCCACUCGUUCGGCGGCGGCACGGGUUCCGGUUUCACAACACUGCUGCUCGAACGGCUCAGCGAGGACUUCGCCAAGAAGAGCAAGCUGCAGUUCGCGAUCUACCCCGCACCUCAGGUGUCCACGGCCGUGGUGGAGCCGUACAACGCCAUCCUCACGACGCACAACACCAUCGACAAGGCGGACUGCUGCUUCAUGAUGGACAACCAGGCCAUCUACGACCUGUGCCGCAGGAAGCUGAGCAUCGAGCGGCCGGUGUACACCAACCUCAACAGGCUCGUCAGCCAGGUCGUCUCCUCCAUCACGGCCUCCCUGCGCUUCGACGGCGCGCUCAACGUGGACCUCUCCGAGUUCCAGACCAACCUCGUGCCUUACCCGCGCAUCCACUUCCCCCUCACGACGUACGCGCCCGUGGUGGCGGGCGACAAGGCCUUCCACCAGAGCAUGACGGUGGCCGACAUCACGGCCGAGUGCUUUGAGGCCUCCAACCAGAUGGUGAAGUGCAAUCCCGCGGACGGCAAGUACAUGUCGUGCUGCCUGCUCUACCGCGGCGACGUCGUGCCCAAGGACGUCAACGACGCCAUCUCGGACAUGAAGAACAAGAAGGGCGUGCGCUUCGUCGACUGGUGCCCUACGGGCUUCAAGGUGGGGCUCAACUACCAGCCGCCACAGGUGGUCCCCGGCGGUGACCUGGCCCCCGUGCCGCGCUCCGUCGCCAUGCUGUCCAACACCACGGCCAUCAGGGAGGCGUGGGCGGAGCUCAACCACAAGUUCGACCUCAUGUACCACCGGCGCGCCUUCGUGCACCACUACGUGGGCGAGGGAAUGGAGGAGGGCGAGUUCAAAGAGGCGCGCGAGGACCUGGCCGCCUUGCACAAGGACUACGAAGAGGUUGGCAUGGAGUCCUCACCACUCACCGACGGGGAAGAGGAAGACGAGUUCUAGAGGAGGUCCUGCCUGAAGAACGUAGAGAGCGUCGUGAAGCAGUAUCAAACUGAAGAUACAUGUCCGCCUGCGUUAUCUGCUCAUAAUUUUGUUUUCGACCAAGGAAAAUCACUCCCUUGUAACUGAUUUUUGGCUCUCUAAAUUUCACUGUGCGAGUAGCCGCCUUUCGAAAAGUUCAAUGUGUUAUUGCAGUAAAACAAUACAUUAAAAAAAACAGUACUGA